ACCACCCAAUGGGAGCGGCCUGGGGGCGGGCGGACGGCGGGGGCGGCGGAGUGAGGCGGCGGCGCUCUCGUCGCUCGGCCCCUUUCUGUGUCGGCGCCUCGCAGAGGGAGCAUCGCGCGCUGAGCCGCCCGCCGACCAGCCCGCCCAGCCCCGCGCCGCCGCCAUGGCCAAGUCCGAGUCUCCAAAGGAGCCCGAACAGCUCCGCAAACUCUUCAUCGGCGGCCUCAGCUUUGAAACCACAGACGAGAGUCUCCGCAGCCACUUUGAGCAAUGGGGCACCCUGACCGACUGCGUGGUGAUGAGGGACCCGAACACCAAACGCUCACGAGGCUUCGGCUUCGUCACGUACUCCUCGGUGGAGGAGGUUGACGCCGCCAUGAACGCCCGACCGCACAAAGUGGACGGCAGAGUCGUCGAACCAAAGAGAGCCGUGUCCCGAGAGGACUCGCAACGCCCCGGCGCCCACCUCACAGUCAAGAAGAUCUUUGUGGGCGGCAUCAAGGAGGACACGGAGGAGCAUCACCUGCGGGACUAUUUCGGCCAGUACGGCAAAAUCGAAGUCAUCGAGAUCAUGACGGACCGCGGCAGCGGCAAGAAGCGCGGCUUCGCCUUCGUCACCUUCGACGACCACGACUCCGUCGACAAGAUAGUCAUCCAGAAGUACCACACGGUGAACGGGCACAACUGCGAGGUGCGGAAGGCGCUUUCCAAGCAGGAGAUGGCCAGCGCCUCGGCCAGCCAGCGAGGCCGCAGCGGAUCCGGUAACUUCGGCGGCGGCCGCGGAGGCGGAUUUGGCGGUAACGACAACUUCAAUCGCGGCGGGAACUUCGGUGGCCGCGGUUACGGUGGCAGCGGCGGCCCCGGCUACUCGGGCGGCAACCGGGGCUAUGGCGGCGGCAGCACCUACGACGGUUACAACAACGGUGGCGGCGGUUUUGGCGGCGGCAGCGGGGGCCGGCGCCCGGCACGGGGACCUGCGCUCGCCGUGCGGAACGGCCUCUCUGAAGCAGGGACAGGCAGCAAUUUUGGCGGCGGGGGGAACUACAAUGACUUCGGCAGUUACAACAACCAGGCGUCCAACUUCGGCCCCAUGAAGGGCGGCAAUUUUGGGGGGCGCAGCUCGGGCCCCUACGGCGGCGGCGGCUACGGCAGCUCGAGCGGCGGCGGCAGCUACGGCGGCGGCAGGAGGUUUUAACACCCAGGACACCAAGCUUAGCGGGAGAGGCGAGUCAAGAGAGGGGACAGGGCCGCCGCAGGUGACACCGCUUGUGACCGCGGCCCCUUUGGCAUUGGGGGGGGGGGGGGGGAUCGGUGGCCACCCCCCCCCCUGUGACGCCACCACGUCCUCGGACACGAGCGUCUCCUCCGCGAUCCCCCCACCCACCAAGGACUGUGUAUUAUUUUUUUUGUGACUCAGUAAUUAAUUAAUUGUACAACCAGGUUCCUUUUAGUUUGUUCUGUGCCGUGGAAGCAUUCCGACGAGGCCGAAACCCCCCCCCCCCCGGGGCCUCGCUUUUAUUUGCGCGCCCGUGCUGUCGAUCGCUGACUGUAACACAACCUGACGCUGAAUAAAUGUCUCUUUUUUUUUUU